CCCUCCUUAAGUGCCCUUUAAGUUUGAAAAACAACUGUGGUCAUCUUUAUAGAGUUUCAAGGUUUUCUGACAACAUAUCAUCUACAUAAUUAAAUCAAGUAAGACUUAAUCUGGGUUUUACCCGGAUUAUGUUUCAGUUCAAUAAGAUUUGUUGUAACUGAAAGGAAUCAACAAUUGAAACUGUUGAAGGCGUCACCUUAAUCAAGGUGUCUGAGUGCUGACGGCUCUCUGGACGAUGAUCCGUCGAUCCCGGUGAAAAUGAGGGGAUCACAUCAACACUUCAAAGAAUGACUAACACCUUAUUAAGAUCAGAAUGGAGAAUCAGUCAAAUGAGACUUUUUAGAACAUGAUGUGUCUGAAAAAGGAACAAAACAGUAUUUAGGUUCCCUUUUAGAUGUAUUUAUUUGAGGUGUAUUCUGGGCCUUUUUGCCAGUAUACCUUGUUCUUAGUUAAGUUUCCAUUUUAACUCAAAAAUGUUACACAUAAACAGAGGUUGACAUGUCUGAAUACAUGUUAUUCUAAUGCUUAAUCUUAGCUCUUUCCUCUGAAGAGGGAAAAAGAUGCUGGCCGCUCUGAGAGGCCUGGCCAUUUGGUGUCAUGUUGAAUAAACACAAAGGUGCUGGAGUUUUCUGGAGGGGAGGCUCAGGCCCCCACGCUGAUCCUGUUUAUGUGUUUGGGCCGGGUUUUGUUUUAAGUCAGAGGUGCUAAACACCUUCCCCCUGAGAUAAAAGAUGAUUAAUGCCUUAGAAUGAGCGACGCUUUAAUGGCCCAAGGCUACUUAAGCACUUCAUUAGGGUGAGCUCGGGCCGGUCGACACACUCGAGUCGCUGGGUCCCUCGCGGCAGAAACAGAAAAGCUGCAGAGACUUCCUUUGAAGUGGCCCCACAAACUCCAACCCACAACACAUUCAGCAUGGAAAUUUGAUUAUUUGACCCCACACCACUCUGAGAGCUUGUUUUCAGGUGACAUUUGGGGCUGAAGCUUGAUCCCAUAUAAAUAUCAGAGGCACCAGUGAGCAGAGGGACACUAUCUGGCAGCUGAGGAGCAGAUUGGGACUGUAGCCAUGGAUGUACCCCGGCCAUUCCUUCUCCUCCUGUGUGCCCUCCACCUGACCUUGACCGGCGUGUUGAGCAAACACAUAGAUCACAGAAACCUGUUCACACAGAGACUGUGCUGCAAAAGACAGAGCCACUUUGUCUACAUUGGACAAGACAUCUCUGGGAGUCCUGUCAGUGUUGAUGUGGGAAUGUGCAGGUCUCACUGUGGAGGAGCCUCCAGGCCAUCAUCACAUGAAGCAGCACAGCAGGAAUACUCCAAACAUUCCUCAAUGCUGGAAUUUCUCAGGAGCAAGAAAAUGAGGACUCGCAGACCUGCAGCGUCAGAGGUCCCUGAGCCGCUGGACCAGCUGCCCUCCUGCGGGAUGACCCAGGUGUGUGAGCCGACCGGGAUGCGUGUGGACCGGCUGCUGCUGCUGGAGGGAGCCCGGCAGGUGGAGGUGGUGGAGGAGUGCCAGUGUGACAUCAAACUGACUCAGUGCAUCCGGGUCCCAGCGCUGAGGACCUACUACUCCGAGACACCGUACGAGACCGUCAUCGACGUGGGAGGAUGCUCCAGGUCCAAGGGCUCACCAGAGGGGUUCUCCUGUGUCCCCACUAAGUUUGACUCAGCCUUGGUGGAAACCCCCAACAAAGUGGACGUCAUCCAGACCGUGGCGGCCUGUGAGCUGAAGGAAAGCUGCUACAGGGUCCCAUACGUGGAGUAUUACUAUGAAAUAGUCCACCAUGAAGGUGGAGUCAAAGAGGAGAGGCUCAAAGAAAUAGAUGUGGGCAGAUGUUUGGGAGGCUGCACUACAGGAAACCGAUGCCUUCUCAGGAGUCAAUCUGAUCCAGCAAUCUGCCACUUAUGGGCUGAGAGACAGUCCAGCUCCUGCGUUCCUCAGGGCUACGAGAGCCACAGCUUCCUGAACCAGCACGGAGAGAUACGCACAGUCCUCUCCAUCACUUCCUGCCUCUGCCAAGACUGAACACUGCACCCCCUACUGGAAAACUACUGCCAAUCUCUUCUCAGGAGUUGAAAAGUUUUAAUUCACAGCCCAUUCAUUGAUGACCCCACCAAAUACUGGAACAUUUGCUACCCUAAAGUAUUAUUGUAUUAUAUGUAAUAUAUGUAAAAAUGAUAAUUUUGUAGAUAAAUUUAAUA